AUGAAACAAUCAAUUAUCUCCAUUGGCUUAAUUUUGUUCUCCAUUGCUGUGCUGUAUGCGGUAUGUUGAAAAUUUCAUUGUGAAAGUCAAGUGUUUUUUAUUUCCCACAUUUCCUUUCAAACCUCGUUCACAUUUCACACUGUACAUGCACAGAAGAUAAAAAAAACGCGAGAUAUACGGGUGACAGAUGUGGUAAGCGCGCUAGGGCUGUUACUGAAGAUUGAGGGUAUUACAACUAAGGCUAAGGAUUCCCUCCUAUGAUAAAAAGCAAUUAUUUAACUAUAGAACUCAACUAUAAAUAUAGUGGUUAGUGCAUGUGGCUAUCAUCUCUGAGGCCGGAGUUGGAAUGUUCCAGUAUGCAAUUGUUUGGUUAUAGUUUUUCCUCAGUUCCAUGUGAGAAGAGUGCUCUGUUAACUUUACCAAACACCAAUCUCGUACCCAGAGCCAUCGUUGUCGAUUGUCAUGCAACGAUGGCUCUGGGUACGAGAUUGACCAAACACACGUUCAACCUCGUACCCAGACUCUUUCCACUACGCACCUCUGUUUUUUCCAUACGGCUACUCUGGUUCUUCCUGUUGUCAGGGUUGGCCUUUAAUAAUGUACAGUAAGAACUAAUAGUUAUAUAUAUCCGCUGUGAGUCGGCGCUGUCAAUAAAGUUAGUUAAUUUUUAGGUUUUCCCAAUAAAUGCUUCGACACAGAAUUAGAUAACAGUAUUCGUGCAAACUAUAUGCUCCAUUCUUAUUUCAGAAAGCUACCAGUACAUGUAGCUGCUCCUGUGGUGGCCAUGAUGAAUCAAGACCACGUCAGGCCCCACUUGUAAAACAAUGCACUUUUAAAAAUCUUGAUGAUGGUCAAGAUAAGGGUCAAAUUCAGGUAUUAAACAGAAAAUUUAUGUCUAUUGUUUAGACUAUAUUCAUGCACGCAGUAUUCAUACCCAAUACUUUUACCAUUGACAUAAUUUCAUACAUGUAUGAUGAGGUUCUCGAAAGGAACCAUAUCGUAUUUGAUAUAUUCUUUUCUAUUUUUACUUAUUUUUACAGACUUGUGAUUUUCAAAAGGCUCACUCCAACUCAGCCCUUCGUGUGACGUAUCAAGGAGACUUGCGAGUCAUGAGUUGUACCAACAGGAUAUGUUGUCGACGUUGGUCAGUAUUACAAUCAAUGGUAAGGAGUGCUCGUCUCCAGCGCCUAUCGAUGCAGUUAUCUAUGCAAACGGAGUCAGCAAUCUGAACCAUCAUCGUCCAGGUACACUGGACGGCUUCUGUAACAAUAUUCCAAAAGGAAAGGUUACAGUUGGUCUUUCUGUUGGAAAAUGCACGUCUUAUGACGGGGGUGACGCGUACACAUGCUGGAAUUCCGUUUGUCGUUUAAUCAUUGAGGAAAUUCCUUCAAUGCAAUGA